CCCAACCUUCCUGACAAGCAGAGCAGAGGCAACGGGGUGCCCAGGGUGAGCAGAGCCCAUGGAAAAGUUCAAGGCAGUGCUGGACCUGCAGAGCAAGCACCGCAGCGCCCUGGGCUAUGGCCUGGUGACCCUGCUGACGGCGAGUGGGGAGAAGAUCUUCUCCGAGGUGGUGUUCCAAUGUCCAUGCAGUGCCACCUGGAACCUGCCCUACGGCCUCGUGUUCCUGCUGGUGCCAGCGCUGGCACUCUUCCUCCUGGGCUACGCGCUGAGCGCCCGAACCUGGCGCCUGCUCACCGGCUGCUGCUCCCGAAGCGGGAGCGUGCGGUGCAACGUGGGGUUGCGCAGCGCGUUCGUGUGCGCGCAGCUCAGCGCGUCCGCAGCGCUCGCGCCCCUCACCUGGGUGGCGGUGGCGCUGCUCGGGGGCUCCUUCUACCAAUGCGCUGUCAGCGGGAGCGCGCGCUUGGCGCCGCACCUGUGCCAGGGCAGCGACCCCAGCUGCGUCGCCAAGCUACCGCAGGUUCCCUGCAACAAGCAGGAGGCGUGGAUGCAGGAGAUCCUCAGGCAGCUCAAGGCUCAGUCUCAGGUGCUGGGCUGGGUUCUGAUAGCAGCUGUCAUCAUCUUACUUCUGGCUUUCAAGUCUGUCACUCGAUGCCUCUCUCCCGUUAGUUAUCUGCAGUUAAAGUUCUGGGAAAUCUAUUCGGAGAAGGAGAAGCAGAUCCUUCAAAGUCAAGCUACUGAGCAUGCUACCCAGUUGGCAAAAGAGAAUAUUAGAUGUUUCUUUGAGUGCACGAAGGUGAAGGAAUGCAACACCCCGAGCAGUAAAGACUGGCAGCAAAUCUCAGCGCUCUACACUUUCAAUCCCAAGAACCAGUUCUACAGCAUGCUGCACAAGUACGUUAGCAGGAAAGAGAUGAGUGGCAGUCUUAGAUCUGUGGAAGGGGACGCAGUGGUCCCUGUCCUUGGCUUUGUAGAUGCCCCUUCCAUAGUCGAUACUCAUGUGGUGUGAUCUUGCAAAUGACCAGAAAAAAAAAUCAUUUUGAAUAGUUGCUCAUAUAAAAAAAUAAAUAAUGGUAUGUUUUA